UUUUCAGAGAACAAGGAACAAAAAAUCCUCCUGCAACUCGUUACUUGUCCUCUAAGUCAGGGCAGAGCUGCACUUCCUGGCUGCUGUGAAGAGCUGGGUGAGAAUGGAUGCGACAUAAAGCGAAGCAGAAGUCCUGAAGCCUUAGUCACCAGUCUGAUGGACUUACUGUUCAUGCUUUACUUCCAAACACUUGAAUUGUUUCUGUACUGUUGACAAAGGAAAGAUGACCUCUACUGUAGGUCCACCGCCAUACUAUGAGAACCACGGCUUUCAGGCAGAACACAUCUAUCCUGCCCGCCAGGCAGUGGGUGCUAAUCCAUAUCCACAGUUCUACUCCACAAAUGCUCCCCCAGUGCCAAGCUAUGUCCCAAGGGUUCACACCCACCAGUCCACCAGGCCAGUAGCACAUUCGUCCAGGAGGUCGUGUGCAUCAAGUUUAAGGAAAACCAUAAUAAUAUUAUUAUCUGUUUUAGUAGUCAUUUGUUGUGCAAUUGCUGCUUUUUUCAUCUGGUAUUUUGGGCUGUUUCUCUCUCUCCCUGCAGUAGAGAAUCACUGUCUGGGCUCCCUGAUCGAGUGUGGCCCUUCAGGAGUGUGCAUGUCGCCCUCUCAGUGGUGUGAUGGAGUGAUUGACUGCCCCAACGGGGAGGAUGAAACCCGCUGUGUUAGACUUUUUGGACCAAAUUUCAUCCUGGAAGUUUAUUCCCCUGUCAGCAAAUCCUGGUAUCCUGUUUGUCAAGAUGACUGGAAUGAUGACUUUGGGAAGAUUGCAUGUAAAGACAUGGGCUACAGUGUGGAUACAUAUUACUACAGUCGUGGGGUAGUACCUGACGUCAACUUUAAAAGCUACAUGAAGCUGAACACAAGUGCUGGGAAUAUAGACUUGUACAAAAAGCUGUACAGCAGUGAUUCCUGUGCCUCAGGGAGUGUGGUUUCUCUGCGCUGCAUCGAGUGCGGCCUGUCCACCAAGAGCGCGAGCAUCAUGAACAGGAUCGUGGGCGGCAGCGGGGCUGUGCUGGGGCAGUGGCCGUGGCAGGUCAGCCUGCACGUGGAGGGCACCCACGUCUGCGGGGGCUCCAUCAUCACCCGCCAGUGGAUCGUGACGGCGGCACACUGCGUGGAAGGACGGUUUUCUGACCCACACAGCUGGAGGGUUUAUGCUGGGAUUCUGAAUCAGGAUGAGAUGCUCUUCAGAAGUGGAUACAGAGUGCAACUGAUUAUUUCCCAUCCCGAUUACGACACAGAUUCUAAAGACAAUGAUGUUGCCCUUAUGAAGUUGGAGUCACCACUGACUUUUACUGAAACUGUACGGCCAGUUUGUCUGCCAAAUCCAGGAAUGAUGUUCGAGCCUAAUCAGCAGUGCUGGAUAUCCGGGUGGGGAGCAGAGUACCAAGGAGGCAAAACAUCAAAUAACUUGAAUUAUGUUGCGGUGCCCUUAAUAGAACGUUCGAGGUGUAAUUCUCUCUAUAUCUAUAAUGGCAUGAUUUUGCCUACCAUGAUCUGUGCUGGAAAUUUAGCAGGAGGAGUCGAUUCCUGUCAGGGUGACAGUGGAGGCCCACUAGUGACUAACAAAAACUCUGUGUGGUGGCUGGUUGGAGAUACCAGCUGGGGAACUGGCUGUGCCACUCCCAAUAAACCUGGAGUGUACGGGAAUAUGACUGUGUUUACAGAGUGGAUUUACAGAAAUAUGCAGGCAAACAGAUGAUGACUCGUCUGCCCUUGCUGAUCGAUGAUGUUCCUGAGGACAAGAAUAAAUGAAGCCAUGGGUGCCUGGGAUAUUUAUUCACUUUGCAAUUGAUUUUUUUUUUUUUUUAUUUUCCUCUUUGAAUUUUCUUUUUAAAAAUAUCAUGAAGGAUUGCACACUUGGUUCUGUGCUGGCUACAGUGACUGAUCGUAAUCAGUGAAGGAUUAUCACAAUGAGCACCUUUCUUCUCCUUGUGGUGCCUGGCAGAAAGUCAUUCUGUCAACUGCUUGCUGAAAUGCCUCUCUUUAGUUGAGUAACUUUCACUUGAUAAUCAGGUACAGGCUUAUAAUGGCAAUUUAAAUCACAAUUUAAUUUAAGAUUUUCGUAGCAGGAUGCUGAGACAGUUGGUUUAGUAGUUUUUAAAUUAAAUGUUAAGUAAUGUGAAUGUCGAAUCUCUGAGCUGCUGGUUGGCAAUUUAAAAAGAAAUUAAUGUGGUUUUUUUUAGUGUAGAAUCGUAGAGUGGUUUGGGUAGGAAGGGACCUUAAAGCUCAUCCAGUUCCAACCCCCUGCCACG